GCCCGAGCCCACGGGCCGCAUAGGCCCUUCACGGCUGAGGGCGCCGCGCCGGCGGCCGGCCGCCGCUCGCUGCCCUCUUUGUCCGUCCACUGCAGGAAGGUCGAGUCCGAGGGGGCGCCAGCCAAGCCGUUCGCCCCACACACUGAGGGGCUCCGGCCUCGGGGCGGCAGCGCCCUCGGAGAGGACGCCGGGGAGGACACGUGGGCCUGCGGCGCCGUAGGGAUUUUAAGGAAACAGAGAAGCAGCUACAACAAAAUGGGGAGAAGAAAUGGUGAGAACUGUAGCACCAACCUGCGUGUGUCAAACAUCUCUCAUGAGGUAUGGCAGAUGCCAUUGAACUUAAACAUUUGGUCAGCAGCCCUCAUUGCUAAGAGAACUUACCUCACUGGAAUUUGGAUUCAGAAGUACCAGUUUCUGAAAAUAAAAACCUCCCACCUGGACGAGAUAGUGCAGCAGGUGAAUACUAUUAAACAAGGGAUAUUUCAGUUAUGGAGUUAUCCUUUCACUGAAGGAAGUACUAUGGAGAACAAGGAAUUCAAAAAAUCUUCAAUGGAAACUGGCUUUAAUGUAACCAGUAAUCCUGUAAGGCUUUUUACUUUGAACCACUCAUUGACAAGUGCUUCAACUGACAAGCAAGCUGGUCCUGACCUUGGAUUGCCAGUUUCAUUAGGUCUCUGCUGGCCCUAUGCUGAUGGAGACUUUAAGGACAGAAAUGAGCUUCAUAUGAAUUCAUGUUCAACUAUAGAAAACAACAAUGGUGAAACUUUAUCUGCUCCAAAUUGGAAUUUGAAAUAUGGAAACAGUAGUGUGGAAGAAAAUUUAACAGAUGAAAGUGAUUUAUCAGAAAAUGAGAAAGCAAGUGAUACUUUACUUAGCUAUUUUAAGAAGAUGGACUUGAACUUAAAGCCAGAAACAAUAGAAAACGUUGAAGAAUCUUUCACUGAGGAACCCAAUGAAGUAUUUCCAUAUCCUGAUUUUCUCCCUCCUCCUUUAAAUUCUCUGGACUUGCACAAGUUAGCCCUCUCAAAAUCUGAAAAUUGGAAAGCGACAGUGGAACCUCCAGAAAACUCUAUUGAAAAUUUGGUAACUCGUUUACUGGAACUAGAAAGAUUACAACAUAUGACUAUACAAAAAGAGAGGCCAAGAUUACAAACUACUUUCUGUACUCCAGCAGUUACGGAACGACCCUCUUCCUCCAAGGCUAUACCAAAAGUGAGACAGCCAAAACUUUCCGACUCUUUGAGUCUUCAGACGACUUGUGUAGAAAAAAGUCGAGAAAAAAGAAAAAAUUCUGGUACUUGCAAGCUGGAACAAAAUACUUCAAAAUGGAAUUGGAGCAAUGCUGGCAAAUAUAAAUGGGAUUCUAGACCACCAUCUCUAAAAAGUUCAUCCACAACAAAACAACUGAUUGCAACUUACGAUGAUUUUAAGAAUCCCAAAAGUUCCAUUUUAAAUCCAUGCCAAGAACUCUCAUCUAAGCCUACUACUGCCCAAACAACUCAAUCGCUAGUUAAAAUGGUCUCAACAAGAUGUCUGCCACCAAGGUCUCCAAUACCAGUUUCACCUGUACCUCUAUCUUUUCCUGACAGUCUAAAGGAAGAAAUUAAAGGACCAAGGACCAAAAAGAAACUCUACCGAAAAAAUAUAGUGUUGAAUAGACCAUUCUAUAUUCAGAAGUUAAACUGUUUGUCACCUUCUUUUAUUACUAAGGAUAAGUACUCACCCAUUGACCAAAAAUAACUUCUUUGAUACAUCUCAGUGUGAGCAAAUCUAUUCCAAGAAGCUCAGCUAAGAUAUAGUUCAUUAUUCUGAGAUAAAAGUAUUAAAGAAACAAAAAAAAUCACACAAAACAAUUGCUUGAUGUGGUAUGGGAGUGGAAUUUGUGAAAAUCACCACUGUCUAUAAAUCCAAGGGCUACUAUACUGACAUAUUUGACAAUCUUUUGCAUGUUAUGUUUCAAAGAAAUGUUUUACUUAGUAAACUAUUCAAAAGAUUGUUUUUUAUAGUUUCCCAAUAUAAUUCCAUCAUCGAUAAAUGGCGUAACUGACUUAUUGCUGCUGUAGUUAUUUUUUUACUGUGUCUUAUUUUAUAUUCACAAGAGUUACAGUUACCUCUAUUGAGAUUUUUGAAGUAUUUCUCACUCUGGUAACUUUUUUCCUCUCCCCGUCUCCACAAAUUUUGACCUAGCCUUUGGGAAUUUGCUUCCCCCUUCAAAGCUCAAGUUGUU